UACUUUAUAUAGAACACUAGAUUUAAUCUUGUGAAUAUUAUUAUGAAGGGAGUAUUAUAACCCAGUUGGAAAGAAGAGAAACCAGAGAUUCAGUGAUGAGGCCAGGUCAAGAUUUAAACCCAGUCUCAGGUCCUUUUAAGCUUUCUGUCCCACUGUUGAGGAAGUCUCAGACUGUGGGAGUCUCAAUCACCAGGCUAAUGAGUAUAUACUCAGUUUGGCACCCUGAUAUCUUCAUGUAUGACUAUUCCCGUUUUCAGGUGAGGACCUGAGGUUCAGAGAGAAGCCCUGGUCCCACAAAAGACUGGGGAUGCUGAGUUCAGCUAGAGGAUGAGAGCAACUGACACCAGAGUUCCAAACCAACUCAACUUUCUCUAUUUUGCAGGUUAAGUCCCUGCUGCUGCUGAUGUUGGGGCUCACCCUCCUGAGGGAGGUGACAGCCCGGAAAAACCCUAAAGCAGGGGAUACAGCCCUGUGCCCUCCCCUGGAGGAUAACAGCGUGAGGGUCGACAUUCGCAUCCUCAGGCAAAACCAGGGGGGUAUUUCCAUCUCAAAUGAUUUCCAGAACCGCUCCAGUUCCCCCUGGGAUUACAACAUCACCCGGGACCCCAACCGGUUCCCCUCGGAGAUCGUGGAGGCCCAGUGCAGGCACUCGGGCUGCAUCAACGCCGAGGGGCAGGAAGACAGCUCCAUGAAUUCCGUUCCCAUCCAGCAGGAAUUCCUGGUCCUGCGGAGGGAGCCCCAGGGCUGCUCUCGCACCUUCCGGCUGGAGAAGGUGCGGGUGACUGUGGGCUGUACCUGUGUCACCCCCAUCGUCCGCUACGUGCGCGCCUGAACGGCCGCUUGGCUGAAGAAGCUGGAAAAUGCCAUUCCUUACCCAGCGCUCUUCAGCCAGUCCUGUGCGGUCCCAAUUUUCUCCACUUCAUAGGCCUCUUGAUAAGACCUGUGCGGAAUUCUCAAAGCUCUGUAGUAGGUAUAGUGUUAGGUUUCUGGGGCGCCUCCAAAUCAUAGCAUAGUCCUGAGCGGUUCCACUGCCCCAGCCCCCUGAAAAUGGCCGGAGGAGAAUGAAGGCGCCCUUGGCCUGCUCUGUUUACGUGCAGCGAUGACCACUUCCUAGCCACAUCAACACUGUGAUACGGUGCCACUCCCCGAGAAUUCUGUUGGCAAAUUGGGGCUCUGCGCCAUGUGGAUGAAAAUGUAAAAAAUACAACCACAAUGUAAGAGUGUGUGGG